AUAACUUUAUUUUGCUGUUUUGCUUGUAGAGAAAUAAUUUUAAUUUAUUUUCUAUCUCGAAGUUUGUGGAUUAGAAGUUAAACCGUCAAAACCAAAUAAGAAUUUAAUAACCCAGUAACUGACAGUGAUCUGUUUUAGUUUUUACUACUAUACAGACACUACAAAACUUGCAUAACUGUAACAGUAUUUUUAGAACCAACCAUGGCCAGCACUGGACAACUUGAUACCAACUUUGUUACAAUGACUCGUUUUGUUUUGACUGAACAGAGAAAGAUACCGUAUGCAACUGGUGAGCUAACGCAGCUGCUAAACUCAAUCCUGACGUGUGUCAAAGCUAUUUCUUCUGCUGUGAGAAAGGCUGGCAUGGCUCAUUUGUUUGGCAUUGCUGGAGAAACAAACAUUCAAGGAGAGGAAGUGAAAAAAUUAGAUGUCCUUUCCAAUGAUCUUUUUAUCAACAUGCUAAGGUCUUCAUAUACAACUUGUUUACUGAUCUCUGAAGAGAAUGAAACAGUUAUUGAGGUUGAGACAGACAAACAAGGCAAAUAUAUUGUCUGUUUUGACCCAUUGGAUGGGUCAUCAAACAUAGACUGUCUGGUCUCUAUUGGAUCCAUCUUUGCUAUUUAUAAAAAGGUGACUGAAGGUGCACCUACAUUACAAGAUGGUCUGCAGAAAGGGAAGAACAUUGUUGCUGCUGGUUAUGCUCUGUAUGGCAGUGCAACAAUGGUCGUACUCUCUACAGGAAAUGGAGUAAAUGGGUUCAUGUUAGAUCCUGCCAUUGGCGAGUUUGUUCUGACUGAUCCAGACAUGAGAAUCAAACCACGUGGAAAAAUUUACAGUAUCAAUGAAGGAUAUGCUUCUCUUUGGGACAAGACGGUGACAGAAUACGUACGGAGAAAGAAGUACCCCGAGAGUGGAAAACCAUAUGGGGCUCGGUACAUAGGUUCUAUGGUAGCAGAUGUUCAUCGGACAAUCAAAUAUGGAGGGAUAUUCAUGUACCCAGCAACUAAAGACUCGCCAAAUGGAAAGUUACGCCUAUUGUAUGAAUGCAACCCUAUGGCUUACAUCAUAGAGAAAGCUGGAGGGCUGGCUUCUACAGGAAAGAUCCCGAUCUUGGAAGUUGUCCCAGAAAAAAUACAUCAACGUGUGCCCAUCUUCAUGGGAUCAAAAGAGGAUGUUCAGGAAAUCCUUGACUUGUACAAAGAACUUGAAAAACAAGAUUAGAAGAUUUCUGCUGACAUUUUCAUUAAUGAGUGAUUUAAUUAAAAUUUUACAGCUUAAUUUGAUAAUUUAUUCAUUUAUCCAUUUUGUGUAUAUGUACUUGUAGCAAUUAAUUAUUACAAACUUAACAUUUGUUGUCAUAAAAUAUAAAUUAUUCAUAACUUAUAUUUAUUUAUUUAUUAAAAAUAUGUAACUUUUAUAUUUGACAAAGUAUGAAAUGGUAAUAGUUCAGUUAGUUAUUUCAAGGUUUACUGAAUUACUAAUGUAAUAACUGUCUGUGUGGUCAGUUUAUCAAGUGUCUUGUUAGUGAUGCUGUUGUAGAGUAACUGCCACUCUUGAAUUCAAAGUAGGUUUUUAAAUUAAUCUUUUAGUGUGAAAAGCUGUGUUUUAGUACAAAAAGUUCACUGUUAAAGGUCAUGACCCAAAAAUUUAAGCUUUCUUCAAAGUUUCAGUGCCAGUUGUAACAUGAAAAAAAACCAAAAUAGUAAAAAUGAAGUACCCUUUAUGCCAGGAAA